CCCCAGCAUUAAGCCAUGGAUGCUUGCGAACCUCUAUCCUCUCUCUUUCUCUUUCUCUUUCUGUCUUCUUAAACCCCUUCUCUUCUUUAUCCUUUUCCUCAUCCCAAUCUGACUUCGGCCUUUAUUCUCGCUUCGAAUACUGCACCAUCCACUUCCACUAUGGAGGACAUAUCCAUUUUUGCCAUCCCACAUCUCAGGGACGAGGUCACCCAGUAUCUCACCAGGUGCGACUUGGCACAAUGUUCCCUUGUCUCCAAGCAAUGGUCCUCCUGGUUCACACCAACCCUCUGGCACACCAUCAACCCCCGUCACCACCGGACUGAGUAUUCGACUCUGGCAAAGCACCGUGAUCAUAUACGGGAACUCAUCGACGCCGACAGCGCAUUCGCAUCCAACGACUACCUGUGGCCUCUUCCCAACCUCCGACAGCUGGAAAUAUAUGAUGGAUACAGCACAUACCAUAUGGUCGAGUCCCAACUCAAACUACUCCGAUUUCUUCAGACGACAGAACCGUCAUUUCUACGGACCUUCAAGAUCGAGUUCUUGCUCCAUCUUGAAUCAGUCCAGAUUCAGCUGCUCGAGACGCUGUUACACCUCCCUCAACUCAAAAAACUCGACCUUCAAUCUUACAAACAUGCCUCUCCAAUUUAUAUCCAACAGCUGAUCCAGACCUGCAGCCGCCUUGAUUCAUUGACCUUGCGCUCUGAGACCUACGAUGGGGAUUCGAAUGAGAGGUCAAUGGCGAUGUGUCAAGCUGCUAAACGUGCCAUGGAGCUCAUGCCGGAGACUCGACUGCGAGAGCUGAAAUAUAACUUUGGGCAGCUAGAUCUCUUGCCGUCGCUUCUGAGGCGCUGCCCUCUAUUGGAAAGUCUCGAUAUAAGGGCAAUCUACAAUCUGGGGACAUGGAAAGAGAUCAUAUCUGUCUUUGAAGAUGGAGCGUGUCCACGGCUGAGAUGUCUAUACUUAGGCAGUGCUUACAUCCUCGACUCAUCUAGACUCGAUGUGGGACUACUGCGGUCGCUUGCACGUAAGAGAGAUAGUAACUACACCGGCAACGAUACUUGGAAUCAGGAGAGACAAUGUGGGCUCGAGAGCUUUGCUGUGGUGAAUGGUAGUUUCGAGAGCACACUGGCACUAGCCCUCGUGGAGUAUCAUUCCACAACGCUGACGUCUCUGAAGGUCUCAUGGGCCACAAUCCGCUUGUCUGACCUUGCGACACUACUCAGUGGCCUUCCAAGACUACAAUCACUGGUGAUCAGAGUCAGCUUGGCUGAAAGACUCGACCUUGCUGAAGGUAUGGAAACGGCAUUGCAGAAGCAGUGGGUUUGUUUAGGUCUAAAGAAUUUGACAUUGACUUGGUGGACAGGACCAAAGGCUAUGAGGAUCAUUCGGGAGCGGCAUGUCAACAGCAUGACGAACCGUUGUAUGCAUUAUAUCUUUGAGCAGGUGGGAAGACUGACAGAGCUGGAGGAAUGGACCCUCGAACGCGAGUUUGAGCUACUGUACCUGUCAGAUGGGUUCUUGAUCUGGUUAUCGGGUCUAAAGAGAAUGAAAUCGUUAGUUUACGAGGUUAGGAAGCAGGAUCAGCAACUGGAUGUAACGGAAGCAAAGUGGAUGAUCGAGAACUGGCCUGCUCUGAGUCAUAUUGUAGUUCACGGCGUGAAUGGCAACAAGUUAUCGAAAGAAGGUCAGCUAGCAGAAGACCAAUUUAAGGCCACGCUCAAGGAAAGACGACCCUGGAUACAUAUUGAAUAGGAUCGCUAUAUAAUAAAGCCAUCACCAUUAGCAGCUCAUCUUCUCAGUUCGGAGAAAAGGAG